GGUGUUCCCGCUCUAUUCCGUUGGUUGAGCAAGAAGUACCCGAAAAUCGGUGAGCAACUUAUGCCAUUCACUUUGGAUGAGGAGGAAGUUCUUGACGCAACUGGAGAUCCUAUCAAACUUCCCGUUGACAUCACGCAACCUAACCCAAAUGGCACAGAAUUCGACAGCUUAUACCUGGACAUGAACGGUAUCGUUCACCCUUGUACUCAUCCCGAAGGCAAACCAGCUCCGGAAACGGAGGAGGAGAUGAUGCUUGAAGUCUUCAAGUACACCAACAGAGUGGUCAACAUGGUCCGCCCGCGCAAGCUUCUUUUCAUGGCUAUUGACGGUGUUGCACCUCGUGCCAAAAUGAAUCAACAACGUAGUAGACGGUUCAGGACUUCUCAGGAGGCAAAAGAUAAAGCGGAAGCUCGUAAACUUGCCGUUGCCGAGUGGGAAGCUAUGGGUAAGGUUAUUACCGACGAUGAGAAAAACAAGGAGUCUUGGGAUUCUAACGCUAUUACACCCGGUACGCCGUUCAUGGACCUUUUAACAGCGUCAUUACGGUACUGGGUCGUGGAGAAGAUGAACACUGAUCCAGGGUGGAAAGAUCUCCAAGUCAUCAUCUCAGAUGCAAGUGUGCCUGGAGAAGGAGAGCAUAAGAUUAUGGACUUCAUCCGUAGACAACGUACCAACCCUGGUCAUGAUCCCAAUACUCGACACGUAAUAUACGGUUUGGAUGCUGAUCUCAUUAUGCUCGCCCUCGCCACCCAUGAACCAUAUUUCCGAGUACUUCGGGAAGAUGUGUUUGCGCAGGACAAAGGUACCGGGUGCCGAAUAUGUGGACAAGAAGGUCACUAUGCCGCUCAAUGUACAACAUUGAAAUCAGAGAUUAAAAAGCCCCCUCCACCGGAUAAAAAACCGUUCAUUUUCCUCGAUGUCGCCAUUCUGCGCGAGUAUCUGGAAUCCGAGUUGAAUGUGAACAAUACGCCCUUCCCUUUCGAUUUGGAACAGGCUAUUGAUGACUGGGUGUUGCUCAUAUUCUUUGUCGGCAACGAUUUCUUGCCGCAUUUGCCGUCACUUGAGAUUCGCGAAGGAGCGAUUGAUACUCUCUUGAGGAUCUGGAAGAUGGAGCUGCCCAGAAUGGGUGGAUAUCUGACGAACCAUGGUCAACUUGUGCUUAGUCGUGCGCAGAUCAUAUUAGAGGGGCUGGCGCGACGAGAAGAUGAGAUCUUCCGUAAGCGACAAGAGACUGAGCAACGCCAAGAUCAGGAGGCGAAGCGGCGUAGAAUUGAAAAGUCUGGGUCUAGGGAGAACGAUAUUCAGAUCGCCACCCCGUCUGCGAAACUUGGUCUGACUGCGUCCACUACAUCUCUAUCAUCUCUUCCCCAACGUGCAGAUAAUUUUGCUGCCAAGGCCGACUCCAUUGGUCUCGGAGCGCCGCGUAAUGCUCAGUCUCUUGAAGUCGCUCCAGUUGCGGCGCAAGCACUUGCUGGUUCUAAUCGUGAUGUUGUUGCCAAUCGAGCUGCUAUACGGAUGGCCAACAUGAGUGCUGCAGAGAUGCUCAAGGCUGAGCUAUCUGGACUCAUUCCUGUGAAACAGAGUGCUUCUGCUCUUAAACCUGAGCCGGUUGUUUCGAACCCUCCACCCAAAGCAGACGCUGAUAUGGAUGAUGGGGACAUUCCAGGUCUUGGGAAUGCACCGUCAGCACUUGAAUUCGUUGAUGAUGGGGCUGGUGAUAUGGAUAUCGAGUCCAGUAAUCCUGUUGCUCUUCUAGUUGAUGAGUCGGUACCGCCUGUCACUGGCACCAAGCGGAAGCUCGAAGAAAUCGAGGGAGAAGAUGCCGAUGAAGUGGCUGGACUUGAUGAGGAGUCAUCUGAAGAUAACGAAGAUGCGUCUUACGCCCUGGUAGUCAAAGCAGAUGGCUCAGUUGAGCAGGCCGAUAACGUGAGAUUAUAUGAACCCGGGUAUAAGAAGCGAUAUUAUCAGCAAAAGUUUGGCAUAUCAGAAAACGACGAUGAUUUCCGUAGAAAGCUAACAAAACACUAUGUAGAAGGUAUUGCGUGGGUUUUGCAUUACUACUAUCAGGGGACCCCUUCAUGGCAAUGGUAUUAUCCAUAUCAUUUCGCACCUUUCGCGUCGGACUUCGAAGGUUUGGAAAACAUGGAACUUGAAUUCAAUCUCGGACAGCCGUUCAAGCCUUACGAGCAACUUAUGGGUGUUUUCCCCACUGCCAGUCGCAAGCAUAUACCCGAAGCCUUCCAUGAGCUCAUGAUGAAUGAAGAAUCGCCGAUUCAUGAUUUCUACCCAACUACCUUCCAGAUCGACAUGAAUGGGAAGAAGAUGCUGUGGCAAGGCGUUGCUCUUCUGCCUUUCAUAGACGAGAAACGGCUAUUAGACGCGAUGGCCCUGCACUACCCUAAGCUAACCGAGGAUGAAGUCCGGAGGAACAGUUGGGGUCACGACGUCAUGUUUGUUUCCGAUGAGCAUUCGAUGUACCCAUUCUUUGAGGGAUUGUAUGGUAAGCGCAAGGAGAAAGAGCCCCAAAUCAUGCCUACCAGCCUGUCCAAGGGCAUCAGCGGCAGCGUUUUACCGAACCCUGAUUGUUUACCUGGCUCAACGUAUUACUCUCCGUUGACUUCCAUGAACCUGCAAGAUAUCAAGAAUGAUCGUUCCCUCUCCGCUUUGUACUUUUUCCCAAAGCAGCUCGCGCCCCAUCGAUCAAUGUUCCUUCCAGGGGUUACAAAGCCCACACGACAGCUUACUGGCGAGGACCUUGCUCGCAGGGGCCGGGGGGGUGGACGAGGGGGCGGCAUGGAUCGUGGUGGCCGCGGU